AUGAAUGGUCUAAUCUGUGAUUCCACGUUUGCAGUUACCGUUACCAAGAGUACGUUCGAUCCAUCCGUCUCAGGGUUUAGAGGUAUCUUCAUGCAGAUGAGACGGACAGGAACAGAACAAAUCACCGGUACAUGGUCGGUCAACGAUCAAACAAACUUCAAAACUGUCUCUUGCCAAGGAGGAAGCAACAAUGCUGUGACGCAUCAGAACAACUCCCAAAAGGUAUUCCUGAAUACGUUCACAUGGAACGCCCCCUUGAGUGAGUCUGCAGAUGUGAAUGUUGUAGCGACGUACGUCGAUCAAACCAGCAUAUUUUGGGUGAAAGAAAUUGGCCUAACCAUCUCAAGUUCAGUAUCGGGUCCAUGUAACCCGAAUCCAUGCCAGAACGGCGGAUCGUGCAAACAAAAUGGGAACUCGUUUACCUGUACUUGCCCAUCUCCGUACACCGGUCAAACAUGUCAAACUGCAACCGUCUCCCCAUGUAAUUCCAAUCCCUGUUUAAAUGGAGGAACUUGUCGGAAUAUAAAUCAGCAAUCUGCUUUUAUGUGUUCUUGUCUUUCUGGAUUUAUUGGAACAAGAUGUGAACUCUCAGCUUCUUCAUGUAAUUCCAAUCCCUGUUUUAACGGAGGAACUUGUGUGGAUGUAAAUCAACAAUCUGCUUUUAUGUGUUCUUGUUUUUCUGGAUUUAUUGGAACAAGAUGUGAACUACCAGGUGAAAAUCCAAGUACAAUUUUUAUACGAAAUAAAUUUGAAUACCUGGUUCUCGAGAUAACUGACAAACCGUUUUAA